ACCAUCGCUUAACCCUCAUCAAAACACUUAAUAUAAAGGUUAUUAAUGGCUUCCUACAAUCAAUCCUAUCCAUAUUACGGCCAGAAUUCUUCGUCCCAGAUGUAUCAAAUGAUACCUCAAAUACAUAAUCCUUUUCAACGGCCAGGACAACUUAACUUUUUUAUGACACCAGAAGAGGCGGCUAUUGCAGAACAACAGUCUAUUUAUUCUUCAGAGAAUAGGGAGAAUGCUAAACUUCGUCAUCAAGCACGAUGGCAAGGAAAGGAAAAGCGAAUAACAGUAUUAAGAGAAGGAGGAGGAUCAGUAUGGGAAGAUCCGAGUCUUCUUGACUGGAAUCCAGCACAUUUCAGGCUUUUUGCAGGAGAUCUUGGUGGAGAAGUUUCAGAUGAGACAUUAUUUAAGGCAUUUCAACAAUAUAAAAGUCUUAGUAAAGCAAAAGUUAUUAGAGACAAAAAAACAGGAAAAAGCAAAGGAUAUGGAUUUGUAGCAUUUAAAGACCCAGAUGAAUUUGUAAGAGCAUGGAGAGAAAUGAAUGGUAAAUAUAUUGGAUCACAUCCAGUAAAACUACGUAAAGCAAAUACAGAAAUUAGAGCAGUAUCUAUUCAUCAAGAAAAAUUGGAACAAAAGAAAAGAGCAAGUAGAUAUGAACAAGAAAAAAUUCAAAGUGGAAGAAUAAGUAAAAAGACAAAAAUAAAACGAUAAAUUUCAUUAAAAAUCAAAUAAUUAACUUUAAUUAAUUAAUAAAU